GUUUGGUUUUGUUUGUCUGUCAAAGUUAUCGUAGUUAUUUUAGUUAGUUAGUAAUCCUCUUUUUAACUGUAAAGUCACACAGCUUAAAGCUGUUAUUGAAAAGGCCGAACAACUACUUAGAGUUUUUAAAUGUGCAUUCUUACUAUGAUCAAGUGAAUCUAAAAUCUAUGCUAGUGCUAAUAUUUUAAUGUUUAAGGUUGUUUGUUGUUUGUAGGCUACAUACUUACCCUAACUUAUACCGUUUUGAGUCAGUUCUGUUCUAUUAGCCAAGUUUAACAUAAAAACACUAACUACACAGCCAUAAGAAUUGCAUUUAAUAGGCAUUUUAUUAGAAGUAUGUGAUCAAUUUUAGCUUUCAAUAAUACAAUUAAGCUGUCAAUUUGUUACAAAUAUAGGCCUAUCAUCAACCUCUUUAAAUUUCGAGUUGGGCUGUUGGGCAUAAACUUACUGGUUUGCGAAAAAUGUUUACAUUGGAAGAUAUAGAAAGUUGCACUGAAGGAUUUGAUGAAUUGACUAAAGAGUUUAAAAGUUUGGAGGCAACAAAUAGAGAGUAUUUGGCUAAACUUGAAGAAGUUGGGGAACUUCAAGGAAAAUGUGUAAAGGAUAUCUCGCAUCAAAGAUAUCGGCUGCAAAUCAUUAACAGUUCAUUGAAAAAGUUGAAAAUAUCAGAUAUCCAGAAAAAUGAAGUUGAAAAACUUAAAAAAGGGAUUGAGCAGAGGUACAACCAACUGGUGGAGAUGGAACACUGUCUUCCAAAGGAAAACGGUACAUACUUGAAAAUCAUCCUGGGCAAUGUAAAUGUGUCAAUUCUGAAUAAAAAUGAUAAAUUUAGGUACAAAGAUGAAUAUGAAAAGUUCAAACUUGUAUUGAGUAUCAUUGGAUUUGUUCUAUCCGUUAUCAAUUUAUGUACAAAUAUCAGAGUGCUAGAGUUGAGUUUCAUGUUUCUUCUUGUCUGGUACUAUUGCACACUAACUAUCCGGGAGAGCAUUCUUAAAGUUAAUGGCUCCAGGAUAAAAGGUUGGUGGAGACUACACCACUUCAUCUCUACAGCUGUAUCAGCAGUGCUUCUAAUCUGGCCAAACUCUUCCUGUUGGUAUGAAUUUCGGCCACAAUUCAUGUUCUUCAAUGUUUAUAUCAGCUUUGUACAAUACCUACAGUUCCGGUACCAGCAGGGUGUGCUCUAUCGUCUCAAGGCACUAGGGGAACGCCACAACAUGGACAUCACUAUCGAGGGGUUCCACUCAUGGAUGUGGCGUGGCCUCAGCUUCCUGCUGCCCUUCCUCUAUGCUGGCUACCUGUUCCAGCUCUACAAUGCAUACAAGUUGUUCACACUGGCCAGGCAUCCUGACGCAACGUGGCAGGUUCCAGUGUUGUCUGCACUUUUCUUUUUUCUCUUCCUUGGGAACACCAUUACUACUUCAAUGGUUAUUCCACAGAAGCAAAAAGAAGCUCAAAAUCUCUCUAAACCUCAGGUGGUGGAAGACUCGAAGAAAAAGGAUGUUCCCAAGAAUAAAUGAAACAUUUAUUCAUUUAUAGGAAGAACGGGUUAAUUUAUUAAUUUUAUAUUUUUAUUUUAUUUAUGUAAACAUUAUAUAUAUACAUAACAAAUCAUGGAUGUAAGUAAUAGAUUUAUUUAUUAAUAUAUAUUUUGUGGAUAUAUUAUAAAU